AUGAAUCCCCUUGGUCUCCCUGCGGAUGAAUGGACAUCAACUGUUCUGCGGAGGGCCAAAGAUGCUGCGACGAACACCAACAGGAUCCUUGGCAACAUGAUCGGUGAUGACAUGAUAAGCAACAGCCAAGCGAUGGUCUGCAUUGCCUUGGUUCCCGCAUUGCAAAUCCAUCUGCUUGACGCCACGUCUGAGAAGCAGAUGGUGCAACGUAUGGGCCGCCACAACCUUGAGUUUUGCAUGAUGGUCAUCGAAGAGCUCAAAUCUGUGUACUUUGGCGCUGAAAUACUCUCGAGGAUGUUCACCAAGGCAAAGAACUGGAUACUCUACCGGACGUUUGCCCCCGCAACAGCUCCCAGGGAACAUAUGCCUCAGUCAUCGCGUGAUUCCACGAUUGGUUCUAUUCCAGAGCCACCAAAUGAUGCACGUCAGGACGAUGUGGAGAUAUUCGAUGCCUUCGUGACAAUGUUGAGUCCCUUUGCCCCAUUAUCAGCUGGCGGACCCUUCGAUAACGACGAGUACGUUUUAAGCAUUGUUCUGGACCCCCUUGUAUCUCGCCUCCCUAUGACCAUCUCUGCUCGGUGA